CGCGGCUCAGACGCGCGGAGCGGCGCAGCAGCGAGCAGCCCCGACCUUUACGCACGGAGGUCCCCGGGACGAGCCCGCUCCCCGCCCGGCUCCCAGCCCGGCUCCCGGCCCCCGGUCCGCUCCGGGACUGCCCCCCCCGGUCCUCUGCCGGGUCUCUGCGGGUGAAGCGCGCUGCGGGCGGCGGUGAAGCGGCGGCAGCCGGAGCCUCUCCAAGCGGUUUAGUCGGUUGACGGACGGCGGCAGGAUGCUGCGGCUGCUGCUGUGUCUGCUUCCUGCGCUGAGCUGCGGCAGGAUCAUUACGCAGGACGGACCUCUGAAGGACAGACACAGCCAUGCAGAGGAGGCGGUUGCUGCGACGACGAAGCCCGACAUCUACUACUGCCGCUCGCCCAACAUGGAGGACUUCACCUGCUGGUGGCACCCGCUCGACAACCUGACGGCCGGCGAGGAGGCCACCUACGUCCUGACCUACUCCAAAGAGAAGGGGCGGGUCCAGGAGUGUCCAGACUACGUGUCGGCGGGACCCAACAGCUGCCACUUCGACAGCAGCCACACGUCCAUCUGGAAGAUCUACUGCUUGAACGUGACGGCCGUCACCAGCCGCGGGAACUACACCUCCCGGCAGCACUGCCUGGACGUCGCAGACAUCGUUCAGACCGAAGCUCCGGUCAACCUGACCUACCAGCUGACGGCGGCCGGCGGGGACGAGGCGGGCCAGAGCGUGCUGCUGUCCUGGAAGUACCCGGUGCCCUCCCACCUGCAGUACGGCUGGAUCACGCUGGAGUACGAGCUGCAGUACAGUAGAGUCACUGAACCCGACAACUGGAAGGUGAAGCAUCCUCUGCGGGAGCCUCACUUCCAGCUGCUCGGCCUCCCCUUCGGCGAGUACGCGGUCCGGGUCCGCUGCCGCUCGCGGAACCACGGCCUGUGGAGCAAAUGGAGCUCCACGCUGUCCAUGAGCAUCCCCGCCAAGCCGCCUGCGGGUAAACUCCUGCUGCUGAUUCUGGCCACAGGCGUGAGCGUCGUGGUGCUGCUGGUGAUCACGUUUGGCGUCAUCCCGCAGAGCAGCAGGAUAAAGGAGUACUUCCUGCCGCCCAUUCCAAAGCCGCGGAUCAUCGGCGUGGAUCCUCUGCUGCUGAAGUUGGCAGGGAUCUUGGUUGCCAUGGCGUCGGCCAAUGAGACGGAGGACAGCGGCGACCAGACGGUGCCCGGCGAGGAUGAGAAUGAGGAGGAGAGGAGCGUCCGGGGCGUCCAGGCUCGAUACCUGCGCUGCCCGUCGCCCAGUUUCUCCAUGAUGUCUGAGUCCAGGUUCUCCUCCAUCUCCGGCUCGGACGCCGCCAGCAUCUUCAUGGAGCCCAUCCACCUGUCGUCGGCCAUCGCCGCCAAAAAGAUCAUCAGCGAGGAGCUGCCGACUCGCGGCGUGCGCUCCGAGUCCAUCCCUGACUCCAUGUUGGAGCCGGCCGAGCAGCUGAUGGUGGAAGACCUGUACAACCGAGUCAGGGACAUGAUCGACGACCGCAGCCCCUACAACACGCCCUGCGUGCUGGACAUCCAGCGGGCCAUGGUACAGGACCGCCUGGAGGCUCCCAUCAACCCGGUGGACGAGGUCUGGCCCAACAUCUUCAUCGCCGAGAAGUCGGUGGCAGUCAACAAGGCCCGUCUGAAGCGAAUGGGCAUCACUCACAUCCUGAACACCGCUCACGGCACCGGAGUCUACACCAGCCAGUCCUUCUACGCCGGCAUGAACAUCCAGUACCUGGGCAUCGAGGUGGACGACUUCCCCGACGCCGACAUCUCCACACACUUCCGCUCCACCGCCGAGUUCCUGGACGAGGCUCUGCUCACACACAAAGGAAAGGUUCUGGUGGUCUCCAUGAUGGGAGUCAGCCGCUCUGCGAUCCUGGUGGCGUCCUACCUGAUGAUCUUUCACCACAUGACCAUCAUGGAGGCGCUGACCUCCAUGAGGAAGAAGCGCGCCAUCAACCCCAACGAGGGUUUCCUGAAGCAGCUCCGACAGCUGAACGAGAACCUGAUGGAGGAGCGCGACGAUGACGACGACACGCUCAGCCAGUGCUCGGUGAUCGACGCUCGCGCCCGUGCUCGCAUCUUCGGUGAAGGCGGGUAUGAUGAGGAUGAGGAUGAGGAUACUGACAAAGAGGAGGAGCAGAGCAUGAUUGAGGUGAAAGCUCAGUCAAUCAUGAUGGAGGAGGAGGAGGAUGGGCAAAGCGUGAUGAGCAGCGUGGCGUCCUCCGCCGCCGCCGCCGCGCUACAGAAUGGAGAGAUCAGAGUCAAUGGUGGGCAGGUCAACAAAGAGCCAGGCGGCGUUCAGGAGAAGCUCCUCCUGCCAGAGAGCGAAGAUCGGGACGAGGGAGACGACAACGACGACGAUGGUCUCGAUAGCAUGAUCCGGGAAUGGCAGCGGAGAAAUGAGAAGUUCCAGAGUGAAGACUGGUGGGAGGCGCAGCUGAACAGCGACGACGAUGACGGAGAGUCUCUCAGAGACGAACGUCCAAAAAAGCCACAGGGUGGCGCAGACGGCGAUGUUGAGAGUGUCACCAGUGAGGACGUUCGCGCCGUGAAGGAGCGCCUGAAACGACGUGGCAAGCGCCCCCCCUCCGAGGCCAUGUCCACCUCCAGCUACUCGAGCUACUCUGACCUGUGGAAGCAGCGUCUGAGGGAGAUCGAGGAACAGGCCGCCGCCCGCUACCGCAAGAAAGAGGACGACGAGACCAGCGAGAGCACAGCGGCGGAAGGUGAAGGACAGAAGAAGAAGGUCGAAGACGAGGUGGAGAGCAUCCUCUCCGAGAGCAGCUCCAUGUACAACUUCUGUCAGAGGAACAAGGAGAAGAUGUCACCGCUGGAGCGCUGGAGGGUCAAGAGGAUCCAGUUCGGCUGGAACAAGAAAGAUCGCGAAGACGGAGAGAAAAGUUCAGUCGGCGAUGGAGAGAAUGGAGAGGGAGAAGCCAAGACGCCAUCCCUCCAGGACGUCAACCUGACGGCGUACCAGUCGUGGAAGAUGCGGCAGCAGAAACGUCUCGGGGAGGAAAACACAGAUGAGAUUCUGGAGUUGAGCCGCGGCGAAGAUUCGGCGACUGUCAAAAGGAGGCAAAGACGUGAAGAGGUUCUGGAGCGGUCAAAGAAAACUCUGGAGGAAAGCAAGUCGAUGUGCGGCUGGGAGACGGAGAGCUGUGUCAGUGGAGGAACCAUCCCUCUGUCUGCCUUCUGGGCUGGAGCCGGGGUCACCGGACCGCCGAGCGCCGCCAACGAUGACAACAUGUCCAUGCUUAGCGGGAGAUCAUCUGUUAUUUCUUCAGUUUCACAGCCUCGCAGUGUUAGAUCUGCACAUUCUGCAGUUCCAGGGAGCAUGGUGCCACCAGUUCCUCCCAUCCUACCGGUUCCGACUGUGCAGGGUCCCGGCGGUGAACCCAUGGUCAAUCUGGCGAGCAUCCAGAACUGGAUCGCCAACGUCGUGUCGGAAACCAUCAAACAGAAACAGGGUGAGAUGAGUCUACCCCCUCCGUCUCGAGCCGGGUCGGAACUGAGCUUCGGUGGCGCCAAUAGUGUGAUCUCAGCUCGGGGAAUGGACGACGACAAGGCUUCCCUGCUCAGCGGUGCCUCUUAUUCCAAUGCUCUGCCUCAAGGUCACGUCCGGACGCCAUCCGUGCUCUCCGGCGGCGGAUCAAGCAGAGUUUCAGGUCUGAGCGAUAGAGCCUCGGCGUUGAGCUCCAAUCUCGGUUCCAGCAUUGGAAUUACCAAGAAAAACAAGAUCACCACCACCAGCGUGCCUCUCUUCAGCCUGUUCCAGGAUCAGGUCAACCUGGGGAAGUUGGACGCCAUGGACAAGGAGAUCAAGUCUGAAAUGAGGGACAAGAUGGCCAAGUAUGAAAAGAAGAAGAUCCUGGAGGACAAUAAGCGCAGCACGUUAUACAAGAAGAAGAAGCCGAAGGACGACGAAGAUGAGGAUGAGGCUAAAACGAGAGAAGAGGAGUUCCUGGAGGAAGCCAAGAAAAAGGAGAAACCGAAGAGGAGCUUUGGUCUGUCCGGCUGUCUUAACCUCAACCCGGCUCUGGAGAAAGACACAAACACCAGCAUCGACGACUGGCUGAAGAGCGUCAGACCCCCUCCGAGAAAACCUGCGUCUGGCGCCGAAGCUGCUUCGUCAGAAGACCCGUACGACGACCUGGACGCCUCCGCCUCCGAGUUUGAUUUCUCCGGCCGCAGGGAUUCCUACGCUGCCAGCGACGACGAGAAGGAGGAUGAGUACGGCGUUUCAUUCAGAUAUCGGCCAAAGCUACAAGAGUAUGGCCGAGGUGAUGAAGAUGAGGAAUACUCCCACAGCUACAGCCGAGCGGGGAGGUCGUACGGUGCCUACGGCGAAGGCGACGAGUCAACAGAGAGCUACAGUGAUUUCUCCACCAAGAGGAAGUUUGCUCAUCACUCGCUCUACGAUAGGAACGAUUCGGAGGGGAGGAGAAGCCGCAGAGAGGAGGCGCAGACUGAAGAGGAGGUGGAGGACGACGUCAGCGCCUUCAUCGCCCAAACCAGGCAGAGGGUACGAGCUCGAGCCGCCGCCGAGGCUGAAGACGACGAGGUGCUGGCUGCGUGGAGGGCCCAGCAGGACGCCAAGGCGCACAGUCACAGCCAAUCUUAGAAGAGAAGAUGGGCUGAAUGUUUCCAAGAAAUUACAUAACGUGAACUCUUACAUUUAUUGGGCUUCCUUCGGAGUCAUCAGGAAACUGCACUUUUAUUCUGAAAAAUGUAUAAGAUUCAUCAUUUUGAGGUAGUUUGAUACCUAACAAUGGCUAAUUCCUGAUAACUCUUCUAUCAUGCUUUACUCACAUCUCUACUGAAUGUAAAUCUCAACAUACGUCACCUUUUGUGCUUAUUUUCAUUAAAAACGUU